AAUUAUUAUUAUUGUUAUGAACCAAACAAAAUCGAAACAAAAUACAACAAAUCCACGACAAAAUAAAUAAUUUUUAAGGUAAAGAAAAAAUUAUUUGUUUGAAUGCAAACCAAUAACAUGCCACCAUCUAAAUGUUGCAUGGUCUGUGGCGAUAAAGCCCUUGGCUACAAUUUCAAUGCAAUCACUUGUGAAAGUUGCAAAGCCUUUUUUCGACGAAAUGCACUCGCUAAAAAAUCCUUCUCCUGUCCAUUCAAUCAGAAUUGCGAAAUUACCGUUGUCACUCGAAGAUUCUGUCAAAAAUGUCGCCUCAAAAAAUGUUUCGACAUUGGCAUGAAAAGCGAAAAUAUUAUGUCCGAAGAGGACAAACUAAUUAAGCGUAAAAAAAUCGAAAACAAUCGUCAAGCUAAACGAAAGACACCUUCGUCGUCGUCGUCGUCGGGGGGCAAAGUCGACGAUGAGUCGUCUGUUUUAGAUAAAAUCAAACGCGAGGACAUUCCCGACGGCGGCGGCGGCAACAGCUUCGGCUCUGACCAAUACACAUCACACGAUUCACAAAGUUGUAAUUCUUUUGAAUCUGACAAUUUGCAACAAUCCACAGCUCGAUCGAGCAGUUGUAAUAGUCUUGACAUAAGUCAUGAAAACAUGACAAGUUCGCAAAUUGUCGAUUUUAUAGUAAAUGACCCUGAUCAAGCCUCGCAAGCUAUUAGUCGUUUAAUGAAGACGCCUAAAGAUGCCAUUGUUACCCUUGAAAAAGUCAUAAACGCUCAGAGUGAUGCUUUGCGUUUAAUAAGUCACUUGAUAUCAUUUCCUGGAGAUGCUUUAAAAAUCAUAAGCAAAUUAAUGAAUUCGCCUUUUGAUGCCUUAACAGUAUUUACGAAAUUCAUGAGUUCGCCAACAGAUGCGUUGGAAAUUAUAUCAAAGAUUGUUAGUUCACCCCAGGAUGUUUUACAGUUUGUAAAACAGUUGAUGGAUAGUCCUGGGGAUGCUUUAGAUAUAAUGACAAAAUUUAUGAAUACUCCUGUGGAAGCACUGCGAAUGAUUAAUAAAAUGGUUAAAAGCACAAAUAAAGGUGAUGAGGGAUCUACCACCUCCUCCUCUCAGGUGGAUUCACAGUUACCUGAAAUGAGUACGAGUAUGUCGCCGACGACAACGGCAGAAGAUGCCAUUAUUAAUUCAAUGCUUAGCACAAAUAGUUGUGGUAGCAAUCAUAGUAGCACUGCCAAUAGCAACCAAGAAGAUUAUUUUGUGAUGACGACGAAUGAUUGUUCGGAGUUGGAUCCAUCGGAAGGAGCGACGGCUUCGAUACCAUCAAUACCAGAUGGAGAAGCUUUAGAAUCACCUGUGAAUAUGGAUGGUAGCAAUGGCGAACAAGCUACUAAAGAAAAUGAUAAAAAAAAUUCAUUGGAAGCAGUUUUGUAUGAGGUCAUACAAAUUGAAUAUGAAAUGGCAAAUUCAAUACCACAAACAUGUAAUUUUGUUAAUCGAGAAUUAAAUGAGGCUGAGUUGCAGAAACUGAAUGAGUUGAAACUAGCCAAUAAGGCGUUAUAUUAUCCAGUUGAUGAGGAUUUGUCUUCGUUGAUAAUGGAUGAUAGUCGAAUAAAGCCGGAAGAGGGUCAACAAGAUCCACAACUUCUAAAAGUGAUAAAUCUAACAGCUGUUGCAAUUAAACGUCUAAUAAAAAUGUCGAAAAAAAUUGCUGCCUUCAGAAAUAUGUGUCAGGAGGAUCAAGUUGCUUUGCUCAAAGGUGGCUGCACAGAAAUGAUGAUUAUGCGUUCAGUGUUAUCUUAUGAUGGUGAUGGAGAUACCUGGAAGAUUCCCCAUAGUAGAGGUGAUAUGUCAAGUAUAAAAGCAGAUGUGCUCAAAUUGGCAAAAGGAAAUGUUUAUGAAGAACAUGAACGAUUUAUACGAACGUUUGAUCAUAAAUGGCGAAUGGAUGAAAAUAUUAUUUUAAUAUUAUGUGCCAUAGUUUUGUUCACACCGACACGUGCCCGCGUCAUACAUUGUGAUGUAAUUAAGUUGGAACAGAAUUCCUACUAUUACCUUCUGCGAAGGUAUUUGGAAAGUGUUUAUCCCGGCUGCGAAGCGAAAUCGACAUUUAUCAAAUUAAUACAAAAAAUAUCAGACGUUGAGCGUUUGAAUCAAGUUAUAAUUGGAGUCUAUCUAAAUGUUAACCCAUCACAAGUAGAACCACUUUUAAGAGAAAUUUUUGAUCUUAAAAAUCAUUAAAUAGUAAAAAACAAAAAAAAAGCUAAUGCCACACACCAGCUCUUUUCAGAAGCUAUAUAAAAUAAAAAUACAACUCGUCAAAAUAAAACAAAAUAUCAGAGCUCUUCUGUAUAACGUGCAAUCUUUUCAUAUUUUAAUGAAACUAAAAAAAAAUCUAUUUUUGUUGAAAUCAUAAUAAAUGUUACAAAUUAUUUUGAAUAAUAUUAAA